AUGAACAGAGAUCAACCAGUCCGACAUAAGAAACAGUAUUCAGAGGAAGAGGAAUCUUCCGAUGACAAUCAACAACGAGAUACAUCACGACCAGACAGAAUAAAUGAGAUACAAAAAAUUAAAAGAAUUGACAGAGUAAGGGAACGUCACAAUAAUUGUUCUCGCCGACCAUCUAGUUCCUUCAGCUCAUCAAAAGAAACUCAUAGUGAUAGAGAUAACCACAGACAUAGCAAACGAUUAGGAAAAAGAAGACGAGUAAAUAAAUAUUCAGAUAGCGAAGACGAUACAUCCAUUGAUAAUCGCUACAGUAGAGAGCCACAACGACCCGACCACUCUGACCGGAACCGAUCAAAACAUAUCCACCGACACAGAAGGAACAAAGGAUAUUCAUCGGAAAGCGAAUCUGAGAUUGAACAACGGAACAGACGCUCAAAACACCGAACAGAUUAUCGAUCUCGAUCAAGAUCACGGUCACAAUCCAAACGCAGAAAUAAACAUACAGGUUAUCACUAUUCUCGUGAACAAUGGCGAGAACCGACUAGAUAUUACUCUGACACUGAAAGCUCGACCUCAUCUUCGGAAACAGAAUAUGAAUCGAGACACCGUUCAAACAGACUAAGGGAACAUGCCUAUGACACUGCCCGACGAGAUCUCCGUAACAUUAAGUUACUAGAAAGCCGUAAAAUAAGAUUUAAUGGCACAGACGGCCCAGAAGAAUUUAUUAGUCAAAUCGAAGACCAGAAAAGACGUGUUAGAAUGUCAAGUGAGGACCUGCUGCAAGCAAUAACGGCCGUGUUUUCCAAAGAAGUUAAUUCGUGGUACCGAGGGAUACCCAAGGAAAUUUACUCAUGGCGAGACCUGAAAAGAGCCCUACGAGGCCACUACGGCAGACGUAUGACCGAUGAUGACAUUGAAGAAGAACUCAGACGACGGACGCAAAAUGAAGAUGAAUCGAUAACAGAUUACCUGAACGCCUUCCGAUAUAUAGCCAGCCAUUUUAAACGUCCUAUUUCCUUGCGACAACAAAUUAAAAUCGCUAAACGAGGACUCCUUCCGACAUACCGGAAAUACAUGUCUGAUAGACGGAUAGAAUGA